AUGGCAUCACUAACAGUACGACGUCUCCGUCCCUCGACGAUUGCGGCUACCGUCGCGGCGGGCGGCAUCGGGUUGGGUAUCUUUUCCAAGUUGAUGAUCGGGAACGCGGCGGCAGAUUCUGGGGCACCGCCCAAGGUGUUUGGGGCUGGUCCGGCGUUUGUUUCUUUGCCAUUGGAGAGUUCGGAGGAUGUCAACCACAAUACCAAGCGUCUACGAUUCAAGCUGCCUCAAAGAGAUGCUGUGAGCGGCUUCCGCGGUUCUGACCAUGGCAUGGCCAGAAGGCAGAUGGUUUCCCGUUGCCAGACCAUACACUCCCGUUCAACCCCUAGGUACACCACCAUCUCACCUCAUGCCUGGAAGGAUUCUCACACUCAUCCAGAUGACGCCGGCUACCUCGAGCUCAUGGUGAAGAAGUACCCCGACGGCAAGCAGAGCACCCACCUGCACUCUCUCACCCCAGGCCAGAAGCUCCUCUUCGCCGCCGCGCUCAAGGGUCACCAGUGGAAGCCCAACAGCUACCCGCACGUCACGCUCAUCGCGGGCGGCGCCGGCAUCACCCCGAUCUACCAGCUCGCGCAGGGCAUCCUCCGCAACCCCGAGGACAAGACGGCCAUCACGCUCAUCUUCGGCGUCAACUCGAACCAGGACGUGUUGCUGAAGAAGGAGUUCGAGCAGUUCGAGAAGGAGUUCCCGGGGCGCUUCAGGGCGAUCUACACCGUCAGCAACCCCGUGGCCGGGUCGCCGUAUCGCAAGGGCUACGUGACGAAGCAGCUACUCGAGGAGGUGGCGCCGAGGCCGAAGACGGCGGAGACGAAGGUGUUCGUGUGUGGGCCGCCGGCGAUGGAGACUGCGUUGGUCGGGAAGAGGACUUCGCCGGGUAUCUUGCAGCAAUUGGGAUAUACUAAGGAUCAAAUCCACCAGUUCUAG